AUGGCCCCUAUGCCUGGUUUUACAGCAGAGCAAACAGCCUCCCUACAAGUCAUGAUGACUGCAGCAAUCAGUCAGGCUAUGACAGCCUUCGAGACCAGACUGACAGACCUUGAAGCUAGAACUAAGCCAUGGCAACAGUCAAAUGCGGACAAAAUUGUGGAGAAAACUGCGGAGAAACCUACGGAGAAAACUGCGGAGAAAAAAAGCAUCGCCAGCAGUCCUAUUCAAGCCGGCACACUCUCCACUAUUCCACACCAGGCUGAUAUGCACUAUUGCGGAGAGUCUGCCAUUCGCCUCAGUAACGCUCCACUUCUCGCCUCUCUUCUCGCCUCUCUUCUCGCCUCUCUUCUCGCCUCUCUUCUCGCCUCUCUUCUCGCCUCUUUUCUCGCCUCUCAACUCGCCUCCCCGCUCGGCUAUAUUCGAUAUGCGAAGGAUAUGGAGGCUACAGGCCAAGGAUAG